UUUGCAUAAUUUUAAAUAUCAUUUCGAUUCUAUAUCCGAUUAUUGAGUCCGCCGAAUAACUAUUAAGAUUUGUUCAUUUGGUGUCGUAAUAGGAAAUGUUAAAAUCUUGAUUUGACAUUAGGUUUUAAUUACGUAAAAUAAGAAUAAUAUAGCCAUGAUUUUGUUUAUAUUCUAAAUCUGUCGAACACACGUGAUCGAGAGAUUGCAAAAUAGUAAGUAUAUAAACUGUAUAUAUAGACGACAGCGAACAGAGUCUAUCUUAUUCUGAACUUUGUAAUCCACGUUUCUGAAAGGAAUUAUUUCUCAGUUCUGUGUUCGAAAAUAUUUAAGUUUAUCGACGACAUCACGUGGUCGUUUUUAUACAGCCGUUUGACAUUUUCAAUAAAAACUUAGUAGGACGGAUCGAUGACGUCAGUAGUUUGAUGUUACACGUGGGUACAGGAAAAAAUUAAAAAAUCGACGGUUACAUGGCUUCGCGACCGCUGUACAACGUAGUCACAAAAAUUUAAAAAGCAAAUAAGGGUUAAAAGAGGAAGGAGUAUCGCGUCGGUUGAUCUUCACAUGUUCGCAAGAUAGUACUGAACGACAUUAUUGUACUGAGUGGUACUGAGCAGUACUGAGCUGUUUGCUAUUACGGGGACGAGACGUCUCUAUAUCUACAUAGACUAGUUUAGUGAGUUUGAUGAAAGUUUUAACAAUUUCUCUAAAUUCGACUAAAGAAUUUAACGAAACGAAAAUCCAUAUUUGAAAUCGCGAGUAGCUAGCUAUAUAUAUAUUGUUUACGCGUAAGUGCUGAACCGUCGAUGAAAUGAAAUUAUGAUUCGACAAAUUAUGACCAGUUAGUCUUCUUAGUGUUAAUUUUGAUAACUGUUCCACAACGAGUUCCUAGAACAAUAUCAUAACUCGUAAGAAUCUAAUAUUUCCUUUGAAAUGACGUUACCAGACAAAGAAUUUUACAUUGCAUUGGAGAGAAUUAUAAAUAACUCAAAGUUUAACAAUGAGUCCUCAGAGUUAUAAAAAUCAUAUUAUUACAAAAGUUAUGGCAUCCAAUGGUUACAAUGGUGCUGAAGAAUCAGCCAAGGAAUCCAAAAAUCAUUCAUCACCUUGUGAGCCAUUAAAUUCAAUGCCAUGGUUUGGUAUGGAUAUAGGAGGUACAUUAUCCAAAUUAGUAUAUUUUGAACCGAAAGACAUUACAAGAGAUGAAGCAGAUGCAGAGAUAGAAAUAUUAAAAAAUAUUCGGCGAUAUUUAGUUAAAAAUUCAGCUUACGGGAAAACAGGUCACAGAGAUACGCAUUUACAGAUGGAUAAUGUCUGUAUCAGAGGUAGACGUGGUACAUUACAUUUUAUUAGAUUUCCCACAAGUGAAAUGGGAAAUUUUUUAGCCUUAGCCAGGUCUAAGGGAAUGGCUAAUCUUGUAACAACAGUUUGUGCUACCGGUGGUGGAGCAUAUAAAUUUGAAAAAAAUUUUAAACAAGAAGUAAACAUGAAUUUAGCAAAAUUUGAUGAAUUAGAUAGUUUAAUACGUGGUAUACUUUAUAUAGAGACAACUAAUCCACAUGAAUGUUAUUAUUGGUCUCAUCCUACGGAUGAUAGUAAAUGUCAGAAGGUUCCUUAUGACUUUUCUGAACCUUAUCCUUUUUUGCUUGUAAAUAUAGGAUCAGGAGUAAGCAUACUAGCUGUUUAUGGGCCAGACAACUAUAAAAGAAUAUCUGGAACCAGCCUAGGUGGUGGUACAUUUUUAGGAUUAUGUUGCUUACUAACUGGAUGCAAUACAUUCGAAGAAGCAAUAGAAUUAGCAACAGGAGGUGAUAAUACUAGAGUUGACAAAUUGGUUAAGGACAUUUAUGGUGGCGGUUAUGGACCUUUUGGUCUUCCUGGAGAUCUUGUUGCAAGCAGUGAUUUACUUGCAUGUUUUCAAUAUGUAUGCAGUUUUGGACAAAUGAAUUCCAAAGAUCGUCGAAAUACAGUUCGUAAAGAAGACCUUGCACGUGCAACACUUGUCACUAUUACAAAUAAUAUUGGUUCUAUUGCACGUAUGUGUGCCGUCAAUGAAAAAAUUGAAAGGGUAGUGUUUGUAGGAAACUUCCUUAGAGUGAAUCCUAUAUCAAUGAAACUUUUGGCCUAUGCUAUGGAUUAUUGGUCUAAAGGAACAAUGAAAGCUUUGUUCUUAGAACAUGAGGGUUACUUUGGUGCAGUAGGAUGUUUGCUACAAUUCAAUGGCGAAACAUGCUAAAAUCAUAGAAAAUUGCAUAAUAUUUAGCAUUCCAUUUGAUACUGCAACUCAAAUGAAUCUUUUUCAUAAGGAUGGUUAUGCAAUUAUUUAACAUAAUUAUUUAUUUUUGUUAUGCAAUAUUUAAUUUCUCAGGAAUUAUCAUGUGUAUAUGUUAUGUAUGAAGUUAUAAUGUUGCGUGAAAUUGAUCUAUGGCACCAACCUGUGGUAAGGUUAUGUCUUUAAAUGUAACCGUAUUUAUUACAAUUUUGAAUAAGCACACUAUAAUAAGUUAUUAUUUCGAAAUACGUUACAUGAUUAUUGCAUAAAGACCUAAUGUGGGCACAAACCUUGUGCGAGUUUAACGAAAGAAACUACAACGGACCAAAACCCAAACGCAUACAACUUACCCGAAUAUUCUUCACACGGGUAACAAGGGUCUACCUCAUAUUAUGCUUUUUAAACAUUUUAAUAGAUAUAUAUUCAGAAUCGUUUUAAUCGUUCGGAACUGCUAUUAACACAAAAGUCAGUAAUAAAUAUUAAGUACGUAUUAAAUUAUUAUUAUUCAUUUUGCUAUGAAUAUUUUUUUUUACUUUAAUUAGUAGAAGUUAUGAAAUAUAACAAUUGAUUAAUGUUAUGUUACAAUAAUUAUUAAAAAUUAUACAAAUUACAUGUAACGGUCGGUGGCCACAUUUAAGUGUUAUUUACAUGCAUUUUUUUAGCUGUUUGAAAAAUGUGAGGAGUACUGUAUCAGAUAGUUAUUAUUAUUGAAUUUUAACAAAUGUAUAGCGUGCCACAAGAACACGUAAGAAAUCAGAUGAUCAUUGUUAGACAUUUUUUUUAUAGAUUAAUUUUACAAGGUGACGAACAAUAGAACGUAAAAUAUCACGAGGAUAUUUGUUUUGUAGCACUAUAAAAGAUGUUUUUGCUAUACGUAUUUUACUAUAUGUUUGACGUUAUAGUUAACAUGUGUAUGAAUUUAAAGAUAAAAGGAUAAGAAAUUUGUUUAUAUAUUUAUUUUUAUGGGGUAGGAACAAAUGUAAUUUUCUUAUAUUAAUAAAUGAUUCCAUAUUUGGCAUGA